AGCAAACUGUAUGGGUAAUGAUGAAUGUCCAUUGACAUUAGAUGAUGCUGGCGGCGUUUUAGGACAUGCAUACUUUCCUGACUCUAGCGGCACCUGUAGAGAAAUCCAUUUAGAUAUAAAUGAACGCUGGUAUUUUGGAAAUAAUCCAUAUAUACCCAAAAAUCAAACUAGUUUUCUUAUGGUGUUGGUUCAUGAAAUUGGACAUGCUCUCGGCAUAGCACAUAGUGCUUCUCCGAAUGCUAUUAUGUUUGCCUUCUAUCAGCAUGAGAUUCGUGGUCUAGAUGUUGAUGAUAUAAAUGCAGUACAAUAUCUAUAUGGAAGAAAAAACAAAUAUGAUUCAAUCCCAAAGUCUACCACCGCAUCAGCAAUACCAAAAACAACAACAACUAUAAGAUCUACAACUCGUUGCCCACAAAAAAGCAUUGAUUACACUCCAGCAGCCUGUGCUGAAGAAGAAACAAUCACCGAAGAAGCAUCUGGAAGUUCAGGACCAGUACUGAAAGCUACCACAAUGAAAGCGGGACCCACUUUGGAAUGCGUGGCGCUACCUAGCGGCGAGAGUGAACUACAUAGUGAUCUAGAGGAAGAGACGGGUAAUAUAAUUGGUCUUGUUGUAUCUAGUAGUGUUUAA